AUGGAAGAUAUAUUGGACUCUACACUCUUACCCCACUUCAGAUCACUCUGCGCCAUGGCCACUGCUCACAAAAUAAUCUUCCUCAUGGCUGUCUCAGCCGCUGCCUCAGCGGCCGCAGACGACUGCAUGAGCUACGACACCGAAGCCGAGGAAGGCAACAAGAGCGAAGCCCUAAAGCUGAAACUGGUAGCAAUUGCUUCGAUCCUCACCACGGGCAUCAACUUCCCGCUCCUCGGCCGGAAGUUGUUCGUUCUCUGCCCCGAAAAUGACAUAUUCCUGAUGGUCAAGGCCUUCGCCAGCGGCGUCGUGCUGGCGACGGGAUUCGUCCACAUUCUCCUCGACGCAUUCCGCAGUCUGACAUCCUCUUGCAUCAGCCACACCCCAUGGGCCAAAUUCCCCUUCUCGGGAUUCAUCGCCAUGGCAACCGCCGUCACCAAGGAAAGAAGCAGCACUUCGUGGGCUGGCAACUUCGCCCAGAUCAGAGAGUUGCAAGACUCCGGGCAGUGGUGGCUGGCAGGUGUUGGGUGCGAUUCUGUAGAGAGGGAGAGUCUCGAGCGGACUCUGUUCAUAUGA